AUGAUCCCCGUCUCAUGUUACUCCUAUCUUGCUGACAUCUCCCAAGAUCCAACCGAACUCACCAUCCGCUCUGGCAUUUUCUCUGUACUCCAGACUACGGCUUCAGUGAUGGGAGGUAUACUGGCAGGGUUGAUACAUGAUCAGAUAGGAAUCUCGACAGCGAUCGAUAUCGAACUAGCAUUUAUCGCUUUGGGAUUUCUCUAUACGCUAUUUCGGAUUCCGCAAAAUCCAGGGUUGCAGGAGUUGGAACGGAGGAAUCGAGUGACCACCAUCACGUCACAAUCCAGCGUGAAGAAGGUGAAGGGAUUCGUGGGGGAUGUCGUCAUGUUGUACAAGGAUUGUCUACACACCUACAGACGAAAACGCGUCGGUCAUCGCCGAGCCUUCAUGUUCAUCACCGUCAUCGUGCUGAUGCUCACCUAUACCACCCAAGUCGAGACAAGAACCACCGGCAUCGGCUCCGUCAUCAACAAUUACGUAUUCCGACGUACCGAAACAACAGCGUUGGGCUGGAAUACCAAAGAUUUGGGUUAUUGGAACGGGACCGGGUAUUUGAUGCUGAUUUUUGGAACGCUGUUCGGACUGGUGGUCUUUAAAAAGUGGAUGAACUUCCGGGAGACAACUUUGAUACUGAUUGGAAUUGCUUCGUCGACGCUGAGGACGAUUAUAAUUGGAGUCGCCGUAAAUGACUGGAUGAUGUAUGCGGCAAACGGGGUCGGCUGUUUCGCCGGGUUGGUCCAGCCGGCCGUCGUCUCGUUUAUGACUCAGGUCGUCGCCGGCUCAGAAAUUGGUCGCACUUUUGCCCUGUUUGGCAUCGGCGCUGAUGCGGCGUUUAUUUUGACGGCAGCACUUUACACAAAUGUGUAUCGCUGGACGGUUUCCUGGUUGCCCGGCUUCACCUUCCUCCUCAUCGCUGCUCUGCAAAGCUUGGCUUUUCUGGCCAUGUUGUGGGUUCACCUCAAGGCAAAAGCGGAAGGUGUUGGUGCUCCGGAGCAGGGGAUGAGCAUACAACAGACGAUCGCGAGGAUCGGGUCGACUGAGGAGGAGGAUGCGCCCAAGCGUGCAAAAAUUUCAAAGACCAGCACCAGUGGGAUAGCUUUUCCAUUUGCGAAGAAGAAGGUUAAUAAACAGGUCUCAAUCCUGGAACACGCUGAGCAACUGGCUCGUGAGCGUGAACUCCGAAAUCAAUCAGCCCUCUGGAGCAGUCAUGAAGACGUCCGGGGGCAGCCGAGGAGGUACUCUGAACGGUUUUAU